UUUCAGGGACCCAUUGGCUCUAUUCCCAUCUAUAAUGUUCUAACCCUAACACUGCAGCAGAUUGAUCUCAUUUGGUUUCAAUAUAUAGAUCAGAAAGUGGGUCCAAAUACAUGUAAAUGCAAGAGAGUUAUAACCAGGAUCACUUUCUUGGAGAUCUAAAUUUAAUGCUCAUAUAGAUAAUGAAUUUCGAAUGUUAGGAAAUCUGUAGUGAGAGAGAAUUUUUUAAAAUUAAUGUGAUUUUUCGAGAAUUGAAAAUAUAGGAAGAAAUGGGCCUACAAUAUCUUCUCUUGAAAGCAAUCAGACUUGUCAUCUUUUCUUAUAUCUUUCCUCAAAAUAUAUCAUGUUGAGUCUAUUUGUAUGCCUUUAUCAUUGUGGAUGAGCCAUGGAUGACUCAUGCAAUGAAAAGCUGAGUUUCACCAACCUAACAUAUCCUUUUAUAUAUACUUGCACAAUACAAGUUUUGAUCAACCAAAGCAGCUUAGCUCCCAUCACAUUUCUCCCAGCAAAGCACAUUCUGUUGUGCCAGAGAUCCACACAGAAGUUUCAAGGCAAAGGCUAGAAGUGAAUAUUCUUUAUUUCCUGUUAAUCAAAUAUGAAGAAUUUGUCUCAGGAACAGGUUAUUGGAGUUCCAAUCAUAUCUGCAACAAAACCAGUUCAGAAAAUGCCUAGACUUUUCUUUGAAAAUGCUACCCAAUGCUAUGUUCCAACUCCUGCAAAUAAAUCUCUCACAGUCAAGCAAGACAAAGUAGACUCGGUGCUUAAAAGAAUGAACAAGCUGGGGAAAAAAGCUGACAAAUUUGCACAUGGAAUCCGAGAGCAUGUGAGACUGGGGAGCAAGAUCACUGAAACUCUUAUGGGGAAGCUCAGCUUGGGAGCUAGAAUUCUCCAAGUAGGAGGAGUGAAGAAAGUGUUUCGACAGUUUUUUACCGUUAGGGAAGGAGAGAGAUUGCUGAAGGCUUGUCAGUGUUAUUUGUCAACUACAGCAGGCCCUAUUGCUGGAAUGCUCUUUAUCUCUACUGACAAAAUUGCCUUCUGCAGUGAGAGAUCAAUUAAAUUUUCUUCACCGGAGGGGAAAAUGGUCAGAGUCCAUUACAAGGUCUUGAUCCCAUUAAGAAAGAUAAAGACGGCGAACCAAACUGAAAAUGUGAAGCAUCCAUCACAAAAGUACAUAGAAAUAGUGACUGUCGAUGAUUUUGAUUUCUGGUUUAUGGGUUUCUUCAAUUAUCAGAAAGCUUUCAAGUGUCUGCAGCAAGCAAUAUCUCAAGCUUGGAUGAAUGCAAGCCACCCAAAUGUGAUUUAAACAAAACCUUGCUUCUUUUCUUCAUCAAAUGUAACUAAACAGCAUGAUGACAUGUCAACGAAAUUAGUUGACCACAGAAAUUGUACAGAUGUUUUUGUGAAUGAGAAUGCUUCAAGAUUUUUCAAA